AUAACAAGCGAUGCACUGUGGAAGUAAGGUGAGGCAACUGUAUUGAGAAUUUGACUUAUUUUUUUCAUUCCUUUGAGCGGUCGUAAACAUUCCCAUGCAAACUUUCGCAAGAGAUCGUCUCAAAGCUGGAGCUUGGGCUGGCUGUGGAUCGAUUACAUAAUGCCACUUCCUCUUUAGAUGUCAAGGCGAAAACGACGUCGAAAACAUGAUCAAAAGCGCUUUGAUUCAAGGCGCAAGCCGCGGUAUUGGUCUUCAAAUGUGCCGUUACUUGCUUUCUAAACAAACGUCUGUGAUUGCAACAUGCAGAGACCCUUCAAAAGCCCAAGAAUUGACUCAACUUAAAAUCGAUCAUGGCGACCUCCUAUCAAUUCAUCGUGUCGAUGUCUUAGAUGAAAAUCAAAUGUCUGAAGUGGCUGUUAGCGUUGGAGAUACGAAACUCGAUUUGUUGGUAAACUGCGCUGGGAUGCUGCAUCCUAGUGGUAAAGGAGAAACAAGCCUGCGAGAGGUCGAUCUACGAAGUCUACAGACGACUUUAGCAACGAAUGCGUUAGGCCCCUUGAUAAUGGCGAAACAUUUUAGUCCAAUGCUAACGAAGAGAACCAGUGCAGAUAAGAAUGCUUUGGCUGGGAUUCUGGUAAAUAUAUCAGCUAGAGUUGGAUCGAUCUCGGAUAAUGCUUUAGGUGGCUGGUACAGUUACAGAAUGUCUAAAUCGGCUCUCAAUAUGGCUACGAAAAAUCUCAGUAUCGAGCUUGGAAGGAAGCGGGUCAUAUGUGUUUGUUUACAUCCUGGAACAGUGAACACAGAUUUGUCGAGACGAUACCACAGAAAUAUUGACCCCGCCAAGAUAUUUACCCCGGAGUAUUCUGUAAAUUGUCUCAUGAAGGUGAUCGAAGGACUGGAAGUGAAGGAUAAUGGGAAGUUUUUUGCUUGGGACGGAAAGGAAAUUCCUUGGUAAAUGACGUGUCGUACACGGUCAUAAAUGCAAAAUUGAUAAAGGAUUAUUUUGAAACCUCAUUUGAAAUUCCCUUGCUGAAAAGGAAAAUACCGGCACUUGAUCACAAGUAGUCUCAUUUUGUGAUACUUUUGAAUAGCAUAAAUGAAAUUAAUUGGCCAAGUGUGGCAUUUGAUUUAGUAAGCCUAAAGCAUUACACCAUCUUACACCAGUAUGUUCCCCAUACUGUUCCCGCACUGACAAGGAGAAUUUCUUUAAUGAUUAAGAGCGUCUUCAGCUGACGAUCUUUUUCUGUAUUCUCAGGACCUUAAUAUUUGACUCAGCAGUGAUGCUAUAAGACUGAAGACAUCGGUUGCUUAUCACUCUUGGGUGUGCAAAGGUUAAUUAACUGAAUCGAGGUAGCACGAUCAGGAGCUUAAUAAAUAUUGCUUAAUUAACUUGGAAUUAAGUGAGUAGUUUCCUUAGAAAGAAAGAUCAAUGAAGGUGUACAUACAAGU